CUGUAGCCGCUAGAAUCGAAAGAAAAUGGCAUUUCGGAUAAAUCGCCCGAAAUCUGUGAUGGUACCCCUUUGGAAUCUACCAAAAAUUGACCAGGAAUAAAUCCGCCCAAAUCGGUGCUUAAUGGACUCAAUCAUCGUUGGAGAAUAGCCUCAGGCCGAAUCCCUGAUCUGUAGCCUUCAAUAUCCAAAUAAAAUGGCAUUUAGUCGCCCAAGAAAUUACAAAAAUGUCAUCCGAAAAUAAAUUGGCCCAAAUCGAUGCUUAACAGACUUAUCAUCCGUGGAGAAUAGGAUCAAUAGACUUCAUUAUCGGUGGAGAAUAGCCUCGGCCUGAUUUCGUGAUAUAUAGCCUCCAGAAUCGAAAGAAAAUGGCAUUUCGGAUAAAUCGCCCGAAAUUUGUGAUGGUACCCCUUUGGAAUCUGCCAAAAAUUGACCCGGAAUAAAUCCGCCUUAAUCGGUGUUUAAUUGACUCAAUCGUCGUUUGAGAAUAGCCUCAGGCCGAAUUCGUGAUCUGUAUCCUUCAAUAUCCAAAGAAAAUGGCAUUUCAUCGCCCAAGAAAUUACGAAAAUGUCAUCCGAAAAUAAAUUGGCCCAAAUCGAUGCUUAACAGACUUAUCAUCCGGGGAGAAUAGGAUCAAUAGACUUCAUUAUCGGUGGAGAAUAGCCUCGGCCUGAUUCCGUGAUCUGUAGCCUCCAGAAUCGAAAGAAAAUGACAUUUCGGAUAAAUCGCCCGAAAUCUGUGAUGGUACCCCUUUUGAAUCUGCCAAAAAUGACCCGGAAUAAAUCCGCCCAUAUCGGUGCUUAAUGGAUUCAGUCAUCGUAGGAGGAUAGCCUCAGGCCGAAUCUGUGAUCUAUAGCCUUCAAUAUCCAAAGAAAAUGACAUUUCGUCGCCCAAGAAAUUACGAAAUUGCCAUCCGAAAAUAAAUUGGCCCAAAUCGAAGCUUAACGGACUUAUCAUCCGUGGAGAAUAGGAUCAAUAGACUUCAUUAUCUGUGGAGAAUAGCCUCGGCCUGAUUCCGUGAUCUGUAGCCUCCAGAAUCGAAAGAAAAUGACAUUUCGGAUAAAUCGCCCGAAAUCUGUGAUGGUACCCCUUUGGAAUCUGCCAAAAAUUGACCAGGAAUAAAUCCGCCCAAAUCGGUGCUUAAUGGACUCAAUCAUCGUUGGAGAAUAGUCACAGGCCGAAUCCGUGAUCUGUAGCCUUCAAUAUCCAAAGAAAAUGGCAUUUCGUCGCCUAAGAAAUUACGAAAAUGUCAUCCGAAAAUAAAUUGGCCCAAAUCGAUGCUUAACGGACUUAUCAUCCGUGGAGAAUAGGAUCAAUAGACUUCAUUAUCGGGGGAGAAUAGCCUCGGCCUGAUUUCGUGAUCUGUAGCCGCCAGAAUCGAAAGAAAAUGGCAUUUCGGAUAAAUAGCCCGAAAUCUGUGAUGGGAACUUCUAUGUAUCUACUGACCAUGCACAUAGAAUACAUGAUAUUAGGAAGAGUUGCUGUGAUGUAUAGUAGCUAGGCUUCCAAUCAUCUGCUUGUAUUCAGUGGCAUUGAUCGAAUUUCCAUCUCAUGUCUUCGUGUUAUCUGUGUAUUUUGGUUUGUUGUACUUCAACUCCCAAGAUAUACCUCAUUCUUCCCCCAGACCUAUCGUCAAAUAUUCAGCGUCCAUUGAACACUUGAACUCUUUAAUCAUCUCAAGAUCAUUGCUUGCAUAAACGACAUCAUCAACAAAUAUAGGUGUUUCAAUUUUCUUGACAAAUAAGGUGUGAUCAUAAGGAAACCUCUCAAACCCAUGUGUCGCAAAAUAACCUUCAAUCAAGUUGUACCGGCCUCAUGGUUUCUGCUUUAGUUCACAGAGAGCCUUCUUUAAUUUUUAGACUUUACUUUCCUUCCCAUCGACCACAAAGCGUUGUGGUUGCUUUACAUAAACUUCUUAAGCCAACUCCACAUCCAAAAAUGUAAUUUUUUUUACAUCAAUUUCAAAUCCACUCAGACCAUAAGAAGCAUUAAGAUUAGGAAAGGUUAUGAUAGUAUCCCAUCUGACUACUAGAGCAAAUACAUCAGUGUAGUUUAUCCCUUGAGAGUAUUCCUUAGCAACCAAUCUUAUUUUAAACGUAUUAACUAAGUCAUCUUCCUUGAGUUUAGUUCUGACUAGCCACUUGACUCCAAUAGCUUUUGUUCCAAUAGCAAGGUAGUUAGGAACCAGGUAUUAUUUGAUUUUUGCAGUUAUCUUGUCUUCAAUGCCCUUGAAAAAUGUUCUUGAAGUUGCAGAGUCUACAAGUUUUGUAUCAUUUCCAAGCUUGACAACUCCAGUUCUUGAACUCUCCAAAGUUGUAAACCAGUCCUUGUUUCCUAUCAUGUGGUUGCUACAACCUGAGUCAAGAAACCAUCAUCCCUCAUUAGCUACUAGCAUCCUAUUGUACCACAUCAAUUAUAGAAAUUAACUAAACAUCAUCAUUAAUAUCAAUGGAAUCUGAGAAAUGAGCAUGUUAUUACACCAUUUAGGGUACACAUUUGUUAAAUGCUCUAAUUUAUGGCACUUGAAGCACUCUAAUGUACCUCUUCCAUUUUCUGAUCUUCAUCCACUUCAACCUUUUCUUCAACCAGAAUAAUAUCAUCUUCCUCCUUUUCCACCUCUAUAUCUAGUGCCAUGAGAAACCUUUCGUGCUUAAUUCUAUUCAAGAGGCGAGUUUCUUGCGAAAUUUAUGCUCAUGAACCAACAGUGAACUCUAAAGAGCAUAUAUAAAGGUACAAAUUCAUUUAGUAGCAUACAAAAUUUGUAUUUUUAUGUUAUGGUACAUCUCAGUGUGCACCAUAACAUAAAGGUACAAAUUCAGUUUGAAGCAUGAAGAAACUUGUACUAAAUAGUAUAGGUACAAAUUGAGUUUGUAAUAUAAUGUUAAAUGUAAAAUUUUAGUUUGUACCAUAUAUAAUAGAUUUUUUUAAGCCAAAAAUUCUCAUCCAACUCUUUAUAACCAUCAGCAACUAUCAGGCUUGUCAAUCCGACCCUUUGGAAUAGGUCCGAACAAAGUCGGUGCCGAAAACGGCCCCGUAAAGCAAGUUUGCCUCCAAAUCGCGGUCAAAAUCACGAAAACCAGUGGUCUGGCUGGAUUGAUAUAAUAUAUAGGGUUAAUAUAAUAUGUAUUAGUUGUUAAAUUACUAUACAUGUCAAAUUACAUUCUUGUUAUUCAAAUCUUAAAUUAUUAACAUAUAUGCACGUAUAUUUCUAUAAUACGAAUAAAAUCAUUGAAUGAAUUGGAUCUCGAUUUCGAUCAUUAAACCCCAAACUAUUUACUUGACCGGCUCAACCACAAUUAACAUUGAUAAGGAAGUCUUUUCAUCCAUGGCAGUCGACAAUGGACCAAUUUGUCCUCACACACACACGUUUACGAGUUGGGCCGUCGUCCGGCCCUACUCUCCACUCAUAGAAUCUGGGCCCGCCCGGCCAAAUUUACAGCCAAUCCUCGCUUGUCGCACAAAACGCCACCGUAUCACGCAUGUCGACAACAUUUGCUCUCCGGUGCUUCCUAAGCGCGGCAAGCGCUUUGCCGCCACCACGCGCUGCUCACCCGUUUUACAUGUCCUCUGUCGGCAACGAAGGGAAUUAUUUCCCACUUCAUCAUCCCACCGUUCAAUCCUACACCACACUUCCACGUCAUCACCAUCAACGGUUUUGGGUACCGCCAAAACGCCUCGGAUCCUUCACUGCGAGCGGCCGCGCAUUAUAUAUCUCCAUAAAUGAACCAAUUUUUUUGGUUAAUUUGAAGAGGAGAUCAUUACAGCGAGAAACGAAAGGGACUACUGAAAGAUAGACAAAAAAAAGGGUUUUGGGUUGUUUCCGUUGCGUCUGUAGGCAAAGGCAAAGCCGAGGUUUUUGGACGCUUCCCCCCAGCUCAGUUCCAGUCCAGACGCUUCUAUGGCGGAGCAAGAGGUGAAGAAACCGGAAGCUGAACCCCCAGUUGUAGCUGAAGCUCCGGCGCCGCCGGCUGCCGUGGAGGAGAAGACCAUGGUUCCCACGCCGGAAGAGGCCAAACCGGAGAAGACCCAUGAAGAAUCCCAUGCUCUGGCUGUGGUAGAAGCAAAGGCUUCAGAGCCGGUUCCGAAGAAGAUAUCGGGUGGAUCGCACGAUAGAGAUGUUGCUCUUGCUGAUCUUCAGAAAGAGAAGCAGACGGCAUUCGUCAAGGCAUGGGAAGUCACUGAGAAAUCUAAAGUGAACAACAAGGCUCAGAAAGAAAUCUCUGCUGUUUCUGCAUGGGAAAACACCAAGAAGUCAGCUGUGGAAGCUAAACUGAAAAAGCUCGAGGAGCAAUUGGAGAAGAAGAAGGCUGAAUAUGGGGAGAAGAUGAAGAACAAAGUGGCUCAAAUCCACAAAGAAGCUGAAGAGAAAAGGGCUAUGGUGGAAGCCAAGCGCGGGGAGGAGAUUCUGAAAGCAGAGGAAAUGGCUGCCAAAUACCGUGCCACUGGCCAAGUUCCAAAGAAGCUGCUCGGUUGCUUCUGAAAAACAAAAAGGCCAUGGAUACAAUGCAACUAUAAGACUGAGAGCUCCUCCUUCUGUGUGUUUUACCUUCAAAAAAUUUUCAUUUUGUGUUCCUUUCUGCCACUGAACUUUGGCUAUAUAUGUUUUGUGAACGACGAAGGGUAACCAUGUGAGCAAAUGUACUUUUCUGUAAGAUCUCAUGUGUCCAUAUGUACAAAAAAACGAAUGAAUCCAAGUCUGUAUUUUACUAUUUUUCACUCAUUUACUCUUUGCAACCUAUUUCCCUUUCAAUGCUGAAUUCACAUGUACAAGGAGUCUUGCGAGCUCAUAUGUCAAACAGGAAAAUGUGUUAUAAGUUUAAUCCUUUAAACGAAUCAUUAAAGGUGUACCAAUAGCACUCAAUUGUGACAAAAGAAAUCUCCCUUGGGAAUUGCACAGAUGAACAAAGCCAGCAAGCAAUUAUGUACACAUUUUAACAUUUGUUUUUUUAUGGCUUUCACAUUAGUACUUUCAACUCUUGAAUCUCUAUCUCAUCCUCUUUUUAAUCCGAAUACCUUUUUGAAGUUUUCAAAGAUUUUCCUUGUAGUGUAUUUCAUGUGUUAGCAGCUUCUCUAAAAACCUAUUUAUUUUAUACAUCAGUUUAGGAUGACAAUAGUACGGACAAAAUCGGGUUUCUCUAAACUCAAAUCCAUUUUAACGAGUGCAUUUAUUAAAAAAAUUAGGUAAAAUACUUCAUUGGAUUUUAGAAGUAAAAACUCAACCUAAUCCAAUGGAUACCACGGGUGUAUGGGUACUCACGUACAUGCACAUAACCAUCUAUCAUUUUUUUUAAUUACCCACAUCGUAAUAUCAUCACGAUAAUAAUGGAUAUAAAAGUUUCCUUGUAUUGUCUAGAGACAAAACCUAAUGAAACCAACAUGUUGUUCCUUUUUCUAAUAAUUUGUAUUGUUCAUAAUUUACUGAAUUAAACUUCGGUUUUCAAAUUUUUGUAAAAGUGAGUUGUAUUGAUUGUAGUUUACACAAUGAUAUCCAUUAUGAUAUAUUUCAAAUUUAAAAAUUAAUUAUUUUUUAUGCCACAAUGGCAUGAAUAGACACUAUUAUUGAGUGAAUAAUACAGAUGAAACAAGUUCAUUGUGAUCUACAAAAUAAUAUAUGUUUCGAUAUAUUUCGAGAAAAUGUUUAUGUACCACCCAUUACCACUUUUGUUUUCAACUCAAGUUUUGAAUUUUUUUGCACAUAAUCUGACGAUUUCAUCGUGAUCUAUUGCGCUGAAAGAGUUUUAUGGGAUGACUCUUAACGGAACAAAAAAAUGUAAAGAAAGUUUUGAGACAUUA